UUGCGAGUUAGGUCGACGUUUAUACCAGGUUCCAUUCUGGACGGUGGAGAGAAUUCAUGUGAUGGAGCAGCUGAGGAGAUCGAUGCCGUCAACGACGAGACGUUUGGAGAGGACUUCGAGGCGUCGAUUAACAGUGAAUUGGAGGACUACGCCGCUCAGACAGCCUGUUUACGACUUGACGAUGGAGAGACAUGGGAAAAUCCGAGUUGUUCUAAGCCUCCUGCUCCUGAUGCUUCGAAUGUCCCGCUUCCUUAUUUUGAUAUUUUUGGGACACCAUCGUUUUCUAGCGUUGGAAGUGAGACAAUGUUGCAUAGUUUGGAACGUCAUCAAUUAACUCUUGCUACACCUAUUGGGGGAGUGUACAAUUCAAACGAUAUUCCUUCUAAUGCUGUAAACGCGACGGAUCUUGAGCGCCGAUUCAUUGAAGAAGCUGCUUCGGUCUCUGCAGCAGGAAAUCGGCGAUCGACACCAAGUAUUCAGCAGCCGCCUGCUGUUAUGCCUCCUGCUUACGGUGGAGUACCUCCGAUGCAGCUGCCACCAAUUUUACCACCUGUACAUCCAAUGAUGCUUCCACUUGUACCGGUAUGGCUCGAACAUCUUGCAGGACGUACUCGUUAUUUGCCCCCUGGGUGUCCACCUAUUCCACCUCUUCUUCGAUUGUUGUUUAACACUGUAAAGGACCCACUGAUCGUUAUGGAUAUGCUGAGGACAGCACCUGGUGGGUCAGUUCCUCCACCGUUUCCUCCACCUGCGAAAGGUUUCGAGAGGCGUACCCCGUACCAUCGAAAACCACCUGGUAUGCCUUCUGGUCGUACAAUAGAAGAUUUGGCAUUCGAUCAAUUUGCUGGUUAUAUGUCUUGCAAGGAGCGUGAAUGGCUAGUCAAAAUUCAGGUCCUGCAGUGUCAAGGGAAUGGUUUGCCGUGUGAUGAUGAUUAUUACUAUACCCACUGGCGUGAGAAACAAAUAGCUCGUAGUUCGAAGUCUAAACUAGUCAACAGCGCGCCAAAUAUGUCGACAGAGGAACCUAAAAGGGAGCACGAACUCCGUUUACGCCGAGUCAAUGGCUCUCGUACUCAGUUCGACAUUACAAAGGAACCAAAGGAGUUAGUCCCGCUGAAUGUUAAAUUUGCUGGUUCGCUUGGUUUGCCUUCCCGAUCAUCUGCUAGCAAUCCAAGACAUUUGAUAAGUGUAGAGCCAAGUGUAGAAAAUGCUGAUGAGGAUGCAGCACAACGUGUCGGAAAGCAACGAAAACUUCGAACUCUUCUUCUUCGACUCGAGUCUGCUUUGUCACUUCUUAUUGAAUGUGAAGAUAUACGGGUGCGAUUGAGAAAUUCUGGGCAAAAUAGCGAAAUCUCUCUGUCGAAAAUUUCGCAACGUAUUGACGUUAUAUUCAUGGAACUCAUGACAGAUGACUUUCUCAAGAUCUUGCAGAUCGGAAAAGGGCGUUCUGUUGUUGCACGUUCGCUUAGCGCUGGUACACCAAGUGACGUUAUUCGUAUUGUUUUGAAAUUGUUCUCCGUUAUGAGUUCAUGUCCUAAGAAGUGCUUGGAUGACAUCAGAUGUGACAUAAUUCCUUCUAUGUUCAAUGGUUUAAUGGGCUUGGAUAGAGAACAGUUGGUGACGCUGUCGUCUCAGUUAAAUUUUGCUUCCAUAAAAGAGAACAUAGAGGGAAAGAAUACCUUUUGUCGAGAUUCGUUGCUAACCACAUUGUUAGCAUGUGUCAAACAGAAGGCACUUUCUCAUAAUAUGGUGCACUGGCUGUGCUCUUCUUCAGGAGGUGUAGAUUUUGUUGAUGGCUGGUCUUCUCCAAUAUCUAAAUGGCGGAAACUACUACCUGGUAUGCAAGAUUCAGACGUUCAGGCUAGAAUGGCUGAAGCUAUUCGUGGAUUCUGGCAGAGUGUCGUUGAAACCAAGCGAGCUUAUCUAAAUCCGCAUGAGCAUUUUGGACGCGCCAAUAUAUGCAGAGCAACCUUUGCGAGCUAUUUUGGUAUUUAUCUUUUAUUCAAAUGGAACCAGAACAGAAAGGCAAAAAACCUACGAAAACAACAAGCCAUGGAACGUGUGAAUAUUCUCAACGAUGCACUAGAGCGUGUUCGGAAGUAG